CAGUUGGGAACAAUAAGGAAUCAAGUAGCCGAAACGAUGAAGGUGUUCGUCUUGUUGGUAGCCGCUUUGGUUGGGUUCGCCCAGGCCGUUGUCGAUGGGGAGUUCGCCGAAAAAGGACAGUUCCCGUAUCAGGUGGCGCUUACCAAGAAAGGAAAGCUGCACUGCGGAGGGGUGUUGGUUCAUGAGCGAUUCGUACUGACGGCUGCGAACUGUUUGUUUGAUGGCGAGAAUCAGGUUUCUGAAAAGGCACUGCGAGUUUUCUUCGGCAGCGAACGAUUGUCGCUUGGUGGACAAUAUCGCAACGUGAAGUCAUUCAAAGUUCACGAGCAGUUUGACCGUGGAACUUUCCGGUACGAUUUAGCUUUACUGGAACUGAGCAAGCCCGCCAAACUCAGCGAAUCAGUCGCUGCCGCGGCGGUAUAUGGAACGUCAUUCACGUCAGAUGAAUUAGUUACCUUCUCAGGCUGGGGACGUACCGCGGACAACGAAAACACUGUAUAUAAGCUGAAGUAUAAUACGUUAACUGCAUUAACUUCCGAGGAAUGUGAAAGCUACUUGGGUGAAGCUUUCUAUGAGGGCGCCUUGUGCUUCCGCAGCACGGAGGGCACCGGAAGUGCUUGCUUUGGAGACUACGGUGGACCGGCAGUGGUUGAAAAUACUGUCGUUGGAGUUGCGAGCUACACCUUCGGAGGCACUUGCGGGAACGAAAGCCCAGACGUGUUUGUAGAUGCCGGAUUCUUCCAUGACUGGGUCGAACAAAAUCUUGCUAACUAAAUGUGUUC